UCCAGCAGCAGCUACACUCACUCACUGCAGCAGCAGCAGCAGCAGCGGUGGAGGCGCCACAUCGUCGGCUGCUGGUCCACCUGACAGCGGAGCGGAGCGGCAGACAGCCAGCCAGCAUCGGCCAGCCACCUGGUUCACCUCAGCACAAACUGCGUCCUGGAGGAGGGGAAUGGGGGGCACCUUGCCUGCUAGCUAACAAAUUCCAAUUCUAGAAGCGGAAGGUGCGCGGUCGGCGGUCCCUAAAGAUGGUAUCGUGGAUUAUUUCGAGGAUAGUUGUCCUUGCCUUUGGGACACUCUACCCAGCGUACUCCUCAUACAAAGCUGUCAAAACGAAGAAUGUUAAGGAAUAUGUGAAGUGGAUGAUGUACUGGAUAGUAUUUGCGUUGUUCACCACAGCAGAGACGGCCACAGAUCUGCUCUUAUCAUGGUUUCCAUUUUACUUUGAGCUGAAAAUCGCCUUUGUGAUCUGGCUCCUGUCCCCAUACACCAAAGGCUCCAGUGUCCUCUAUCGCAAGUUUGUCCAUCCAACCCUGUCUAACAAAGAAAAGGAGAUCGAUGAGUAUAUAACACAGGCCAAAGACAGAAGUUAUGAGACCAUGAUGAAGUUUGGAAAGAGGGGUCUUAACCUGGCUGCUAAUGCUGCUGUUACUGCAGCCACCAAGGGCCAGGGUGUGCUGUCAGACAAGCUGCGGAGUUUCAGCAUGCAGGACCUGACUCUCAUCAAUGCUGAAGAUGAGCUGGCCCUGCACACUUCAGAUGCCCGCAUGAGACGGGAGCCAACGGAUGAGAUGAGCUCCGGGGCCAGCACGCUGCCUCGGGCUAAGAGCACUGCUGCACGGCAGACCCGUUCCCUGGCAGCCGCAUCCCUUGCAGAUGAUGCGUCAUCCCAACACAGCUCUGACCAGUCAGACACAAGGACUGAACACUCUGAUGAAGAUGUAGGAGACAAAACCCCCAAACGUGGGAUCACAGUCAAGGCGACCAAGAAACCUGCUGCUGCUAAGACAGAGACUCAAACUAAGACGGUGAAGAAAACGACAAAGAAAAAGACCACAACUGCUAAUAACGCAGAAACGCCACCCUGAGGCCUGCGGUCCACAUCCGGUGGCCCGACACUCGCUCCACACACAGCCCGCAGACUCCUCUUCCUGUUUUGUCUCUACACAACCACUUAUCCACUACGUGUGUAUAUACAUAUAUCAGACUCAAGUGCAGAUUUAGUUUUCAGCCAUAUGUGGCCAACUGUAUGUGGGAUCAGUUUACGUUAGAUGCUGUUGUUGCAUAUUUUGUCUCACUCAGUUUUAAUAGUCGGGAGAAUCAUCCUUUUAGUCUAAAGUUUAUUGGUAAUAUAAUCCUUAAAGGUCGUUUUCCUCCAACCUGUAGGCAUAUAGAGUAUGUAGGUCUCGGUGAUAAUAUGAGCUGCCCAUGUGCAGGUUUUCAGUCUCAUAGAUGUUACUGAUUCAUAUUCUGUUUCUGGCACUGUGGCAUUCUUGAUUGAAGCUCUUUUUCUUUUAAGUAUUUCUAGUAAAAUGUUGCGUUAGUCACUCUAGCUCGCCCGGAUUUGGGUUCCGUGUACAACAAUGCUGAUAGAAAGGCAUGGUAACAACGGGUGAAACUGUUUUUAACAGUGGUGUUAAAUAGGUGAACUCUGAAUUAAUUUGUCCAAUCGUUGAAGAUCUCUGUAAUCCCACUUACUGCUUAGCUCAUAAUUGCUGUUGAUCAGCAUCUGACUUGGCUGUCUUAAACAUUUUAUUUUAGGCGUCAUAGUUUGUGGAAGGGUUUAAAGUUGAUCUUCCCCUCAUUAGCUCUGUACAACUCUAAGUGAGUCUGGCUCUGCUAUGUUCAGGUCUCACUAAAGCCAGCUUUAAGAUGACUUUCAUGUUAUGUCCAGUGCUGGUGAUGGAGUGGUUUGUAAAGUGUUGGCUUGGUUAUCCUUCACUCGACAUCACACUCUUAUUUAAGUGUAUCACUGGUCAUUUAUUUAUUCCACUUCUGUUUUGUUACUAAUGUAAUAUUGUUAAUAACCAAGCUCACUUGUGCAUAGCCACUGAUGAUGGCGCUCUCUCCUUACAAACACGCUACUCAUAGAGGAGUUGCCUGUGCUUGUGAGGUUGCAACACAUCUGCUUUCAGUGAUGUUUGUAUUCAACAUGAAGUCCAGGAGUAGCUCGACACUUUCUCACCGAUUGUACUGAGCUGUAUUGUGGCAUGGAGCCUCAUUUUGACAGCAGGAUAAAGAAAAGCAAUAUGGAAAUGUUCUAAGGAAAACCAUUAUAUCCCUGACUCUGAGAAUGUCUCAUCCCUUCUUCUCUUGUUUCAGAUUUGGGGGAGGGAGGUUGUGUCAUAUAAGGCUGUGUGUGUGUUUGUGUGUCUUACUAAAACACACAAGACUAAAUUGGGAUUGCUCUGUAACUGGAGAUUAAACAGCAUGAGACUACUUAAGCACACCUUAUUGUUGUCUGCUGUCAAACACUAGUAUUGACCAGUGGGGGGAGACAAACCCUAACUCAUCUAAACGUGUGUAAAUAGUAAACUUGACCAUGUAUGCAUUAAGAGCCUGCUUGCUGUAUUUGUUCUCUGAUCUGACAUCUGUUUAAGUUCUCAUUAAUCAUGGAACUUUUUUUCUCUCUCUAAAAAUGAUAUUUCUGAGACCAGUGGAAACUUAAUGAAGUGGAAAUGGUUUUGUGUUUUUUAUUUUAAUGAACAUUACUUUUCUUUACCACAUUAAGACACUUGAACUCUGUCACAAGGCAGAGCAUCUCCAGUUAAAUGCAAACACAAAGUUUAGGCUUUAAAUGCCAUGUGUUUUUAGUUUAACAGUUAUCCUGACUCAAAUUUAAAUAUUGCAUAAUUAGAAGGCUUUCUGUGUUGUCAGUACAGUACAGUACUAUAGUUUUAUCUUGUUUGACCAUCAGAUAUUUAUUGUUAUUGUUGAUUUUUUUUUUUAAGUCAGUAUUGUACACAGGGACAUUUAUGUAUUGUUUGUGCCAAUUCUCAACACUUCAUGUCAGAAAGGAUAACAUGUUUUGGGACAAUGGUGGAAACAAUGUAACUGUAAUAAAAAAAUACUAAUAAAUGAAA